AUGACAGAGGCCGAGGGCGGGGGCUGGCGGGAGAGGGCGCGGGACAUUGUGGGUCUGGUGGAGGCAGCCCGCCCCGACGUCGUGUGCCUCCAAGAGUUAUGGUUCAACGGAGAAGACGCGCAGCAACAGCAGCAUCACCAGGAUACUCUACAAGAUGAGGAAAGCAUGCUUGCCCUCUUUCGAAGGCGGCUGGGCGAUAGGUACGACUUCUUCGGGUGCCGACGGCCGUGGGGCAAGGCCGAUGGCUGCCUCACCUUGGUGAGGACGGGGCGGUUCGUGGUGGAGGAAGAGGGGCACUUGCGCCUGUCGUGGCUCUCCGCGCGGGUGGCCCACUGUUUCAUCAUCGUCACCGCCACCGUCACCAUCACCAUCACCAUCGCCAUCGCCAUCCUGCGCGAGCUCCACAACCUCCUCGCACAUUUGCAUGCCCUCUCCACCCGGCGAGACGUGCCCAUCGUGUUGUGUGGUGACUUCAAUGCCGAGCCCGCCGAUCCGCUUUACCUGUUCCUCGUAGCCGCUGGCUUCGCCUCCUCCUUUCGGGCCUUGCACGGGCGAGAGCCAGGCUGUACCCACCGCAAUCACAGGGGCGAAGACGUGGCGUGCGACUACAUCUGGCUGCGGCAGCCCACGCCACCCCUGCAACGCGCAGCUGGUGGUAGCCGCAGAAGCGGAGGCACAUCAGGCAAUAAGGAAGUCGACGAGCAGCGGCAGUGGCGGCCCGAGGCGGCCUUCCUGCUGCCUCGACAUGUGCCCGACGAUCAGUGGCCCGACGCCUUCGCAACAUCUGACCACCGACCUCUGUACGCCCGCUACCGCCUCGCUCGACUCUAG